CAUUUAACAUGCAAAAAGAGAUUUUCUUAAACCCAACAAUGGAUUCCGAAGGAAGAAAAGUGCCAAGAAUGAAGCUCGGCUCACAAGGUUUGGAAGUGUCAGCUCAAGGACUCGGUUGCAUGGGCAUGUCAGCCUUUUAUGGCCCGCCGAAACCUGAAGAUGACAUGAUCAAGCUCAUUCAUCAUGCCAUUAACUCCGGUAUCACUUUCCUCGAUACUUCAGAUGUAUAUGGGCCUCACACCAAUGAAAUCCUCAUCGGCAAGGCUAUGAAAGAAGGGAUGAGAGAAAGAGUUGAGUUGGCAACAAAGUUUGGUAUUAGUUCCGCAGAUGGAAAAAUAGAAAUAAUUGGAGAUCCCUCGUACGUAAGGGCAGCAUGCGAAGCCAGCUUAAAGAGACUUGAUGUUGACUGCAUUGAUUUGUACUAUCAACAUCGGAUUGAUAAGCGUGUGCCUAUUGAAAUCACGAUGGGAGAACUCAAGAAGCUGGUUGAAGAGGGUAAAAUAAAAUAUAUAGGUCUAUCCGAGGCUUCAGCAACGACGAUUAGAAGAGCACAUGCAGUUCAUCCAAUAACAGCAGUACAAUUAGAAUGGUCUCUGUGGUCGAGAGAUGUAGAGGAAGAAAUAAUCCCUACUUGCAGGGAACUUGGAAUUGGAAUCGUAGCAUACAGUCCCCUGGGAAAAGGUUUUUUGUCAUCUGGUCCGAAGCUGCUCGAGGAUUUGUCGAAUGAGGACUUUCGGAAGCAUAUACCAAGGUUUCAAGCCGAGAAUCUUGAGCAUAACAAGAUCUUGUACGAGAGAAUUUGCAAAAUGGCAGAGAAGAAAGGAUGUACGCCAUCUCAACUAGCCUUGGCUUGGGUACAUCACCAAGGAAAUGAUGUGUGCCCCAUCCCAGGUACCACAAAGAUCGAAAACCUCAACCAAAACAUCGGAGCUUUGUCAAUUAAGUUAACAACAGAAGACAUGGUGGAACUUGAAUACAUUGCUUCAGCUGAUGCAGUCAAAGGUGAAAGAGAUGCUUCUGGUGCAAAUCACAAAAACUCUGAUACUCCACCAUUGUCAACUUGGAAGGCUACGAGAUAAGAUUUUCGCGCACUUUCCACGUUACAAUGUAUCUGAAACAUGUUCUUGUUGGAAAUAGUAAAUAUUAUAAAAGUUUAAACAA